UGUGAUGCCUUUAAGGCCAGAACAUUGGCUUUAUUGGGCCAGAGGAUGAUCACAGCACAUUGCCAGUCUGCUCUGUUUUCUGAGGUGUUCUGUGAUAUGAAGACUAGAGGUGGCGGGUGGACGGUGCUGCAGCAUCGGAGAAACGGCUCCGUUGAUUUCCAUCGUGGGUGGAGGGACUACAAAAUGGGCUUUGGAGAGCCGUCUGGGGAACACUGGCUGGGGAAUGAUAUCAUCCACAAGCUGACCAGCUCCCAGGAAUACAGUCUGCAUGUCCAGCUGAAAGACAGAGAGGGAAACGAAGCCUUCUCACAUUACGAUCGCUUCUACAUAGAUGGAGAUGACAACAACUACAGCCUCCACACCGAGGGCUUCAGUGGCACAGCUGGACGGACCAGCAGCCUCACCCACACCGGCACCCAGUUCAGCACCAAGGACAGAGAUAACGACCGCUGCACCUGCAAGUGCGCCCAGCUUGCAUCUGGAGGUUGGUGGUUUGAGGCCUGCGGUCCAUCCAACCUGAAUGGCAUAUAUUACCCCGGCUCAUCCAGCGUGGUUCGCUACAACGGCAUCAAGUGGUACUACUGGAAGGGUCCAAAUCUGAUGGCUACUAUGACAACCAUGAUGGUGCGCCCAGCAAAUUUCUGAUGGCAUGGCUGGGAAUUUAUCCGAAGUUAAUGUCACCCCUGAUUAAUAUAAUGAACCAUCUCAAGGAAAAGGUAUAUUUUUGGAGGAAAUGCAUAUCAGACAGUUUUCAGCUUCUGGGCAUCUUAAAAGGGUGCUUAAGCAAGUGCCUGGGGACAUGUGCAAACUCUCAGCAAAUGUUGUUUUAGUGAAAUCCUGAGUGAGAAAUUUCACUAACACUAUCUAUUCCCAAAGGUGUCCAGGUUGUUCAUCUGAGAGAGGAAGGAGAUAGAGGGUAUGAGCUUUAAUACAGAUGACAAAACAACACUGAUCACAUCAAAUUAUGCAGUUACAUACAACUAGUUACUCAACCAAAUUAAAUCCCACUAAUAAAUGGAUAAACCUUUAGAGACACUUCAUCACAAUGCUUAUUUUUACAUUAAAGUAUGAAAACAC